CUAAGAACCUGGUUGGUACAAACAUCAAGUAACAAUGAGUUUGAUUGGAAGGGAACGGUGUGAUGAUGAUUUCUCCGUCAUUGGAGACAAGGGAGAAAUCGGAUUUCUUGACUUUGAGGAUGACAAAUCUUUGUGUGCUUAUGACCCAAAUGAAGAGGGUCCGGUUCUUAUCUCCAUUCCAUUUCCCUUCAUACGAGGAAAGCCUCUGUCUGUUUUUGUUGGAGAAACUUUCACGCAUCCAAUUACCAUACAAAACACAACAAGUGAACCGGUGGAACUCUGGGGAGUCAACUUUUUCUGUUCAAAUCCCGCAGAUUCGUUCACUUUAUCCCUCCUCAAACCACCUUCAGUCAAUUCAGAUGCGGACUACAUUCAAGACUUUUUGGAGGGAUUUUCUCUCGAGGAUAGAGUUCUUCAGCCACUCCAGACUCAAACUAUUUGGUUAUCUUGCAAACCGAAAGACAUUGGUCUGCACACAUCCGUGGUACAUUUUGAUGUAGGAGAUGAAAGGAUUGAACGGGUAGUUUUUGUAUUGGCUGAAGACAAGAUCUCGCGGUCCUUGGCUUCAAAGAAGCCUUAUUCAAGAUUUCCGAGAAGAAAACAAUUUGCCACUAAUGAGUCUGCUAAGACGAAAACCCGAGGGCUAGAUUAUAAACUUCCUCUGUUUGAAAUUCCAAUGGGCGUUAGAGAGCUAGUGGAGAAUAAGCAAGUCCCUGAGGUUAUUACACAAGGUCUUAUGAAGGAGAACUAUGCUACUUACUUCAAUGCAUUGCUUAACAUGGAAGAGCUACAUUUGGAGAAAGAAAUGAGGUGUCAUGACAUGGAGCGCAUUACCAUGAGGAGGAAAGGGGCUAAUUUGUUGGCACUCGCCGUUCCUGGGCUCGCUGAGAGAAGGCCUUCGCUUGUGCAUGGUGAUUUUGCUUUUGCAAUGCUUGCCUUUCAAGGUGAAAAUGAUACUUCUCCUCCAUACCAGGGCAUCAUCCACCGUAUUGAGGCUGACGAUGUGCUUCUGAAGUUCAGCAAGAAUUUCCAUAUGAAUUAUCAAGUUGGAGUUCUGUACAACAUUAGAUUUUCAUAUAAUAGGGUGAACAUGCGAAGAUUAUAUCAUGCUGUCCAAGCAGCAGAGAGUUUAGAUACAAAUUUUCUCUUUCCAUCUCAAUCAACAAAAAGAUUAAUCAAAAUGACUCAAAUCGUGCCUUUCACACCUCUCAAUGAGGAGCAGCAGCGAGCUGUUGAGACGAUCCUUGGUUGCGAAGGAGCUCCUCCCUAUGUCAUCCAUGGGCCUCCAGGUACAGGCAAAACAAUGACUUUGGUGGAAGCAAUCUUACAACUAUAUGCAACAAGAAAAGAUGCUCAUGUUCUUGUUUGUGCUGCUUCAAACAGUGCAGCGGAUCAUAUCUUGGAGAAACUUGUCAAUAAUGAAGCGGUUGGGGUCAAAGAGAACGAGAUUUUCAGGCUAAAUGCAACUAGCCGGUCUUAUGAGGAUGUUCAAGCUAACAACAUUCGCUUUUGCUUUUUUGAAGAUUUCAUUUUCAAAUGUCCACCGCUCAUGGCCUUAAUGCAUUAUAGGGUCAUCAUCUCCACGUAUAUGAGUUCAUCACUACUUUACGUAGAAGGUAUUUGUUGCGGCCACUUCUCACAUGUCUUCUUAGAUGAGGCCGGCCAAGCUUCAGAACCAGAAGCCAUGGUUCCUAUAUCCAAUCUUUGUGAAAGCGAAACUGUUGUCGUUCUUGCAGGAGACCCCAUGCAACUAGGCCCGGUAGUAUAUUCCAAAGAUGCAAAGGUUUUCGGGUUAGGAAAAUCUUAUCUAGAAAGACUUUUUGAAUGUGAAUAUUACCACAACAGGGAUGAAAGUUUCAUCACAAAAUUAGUGAGGAAUUACCGUUGUCACCCUGCAAUUCUACACGUACCUUCGAAGCUAUUCUACAGACAGAAAUUGCUUGCGUGUAAAGAAGAUACCUCUUCUUUGAAAUCUUGGCUAAGCCUCCUUCCUAACAAAGAAUUUCCUGUUCUCUUCAUUGGCAUUCAAGGCUGCGAUGAGAGAGAAGGCAACGAUCCGUCAUGGUUUAAUCGAAUUGAGGCAAGCAAGGUUGUUGAUAUUGUAAAGAAGCUUAGAGGAAGUGAAGGUCUAAGGGAGGAAGAUAUUGGGGUAAUAGCACCUUAUAGACAACAGGUGGUGAAGAUAACUAAAGUAUUGGAAUCAUUUGAUAUGGGCAGUGUUAAGGUUGGGAGUGUUGAGCAAUUCCAGGGACAAGAGAGAGAAGUUAUAAUUGUUUCAACUGUGAGGUCAACAGCCAAACACAAUGGGUUUGAUAAAACCUAUUGUCUGGGUUUUCUUAGCAAUCCGAGGAGGUUUAAUGUUGCGGUUACUAGGGCGAAGUCCUUGCUUAUCAUAGUUGGGAACCCACACAUUGUCAGUAAGGAUCCUUAUUGGCACAAGCUUUUGUGGCACUGUUUUGACAACAACUCCUACCAAGGCUGUCCUCUCCCAGAAAGACGAUAUUAUGCAUACAAAGAGCCUAAUUUGGAAGACAAUUAGAAUUAUGAAGGAGGUACCUAAACACUUAACAAAAGGACAUGAACGGAUAUCUUAAUUUCCUCCUCAGUCUGUUAAGAAUGAAACUGAAUAAUUGGCAACAAGGUUUUUCAAUUUCUUGAACUACAAAUUCAUAAUUAAAAGAUUAACUGCUUGAAGAUUAUAUAUAUGACAAGUAUGGGAUAAAAUGUGUUCUAUUCUACGGUAUGCUCUUUAAGAUAUUAUGAUUGAAAGCAAGUUGAAAACAAAGUUUUAUGUAGAACUUAUAUAUAUACACACAUUUCAUUUUUUA